CAAAUCGCCUGAUACAAGUUUGCGCGCCUCAACUUCACAACCAGCAGUCUUCAACAUGGCUGGCGACAAGGUCCCAACUCUGCACUCGCUAGAGAAGCCUGAAAAGCUUCAAGAUGUCUUACGCCAGGACCGCGGCGAUGACUGCCUAGGCUGCAAAAUUAUAGGAAGCGGUGCAUUUUUUGGCCUUGCGGGAUAUAGUUAUUUCUCUGGCAUGUCACAGUUGGAAAAGCAAAGGGCUGCUAUUCUUCAGAGCAAGUCAAUAUUUGGCAUGAGGAGUCGGCGAUUUGGCAUCGUCACUAUCUCAGCGGGCCUGGCCUGGAUGGGUCUCUGGAGAGCCCUCAAAUGAUCUUUAAGCGUCGAGUUUGAACACAAAGUGGUGAAUAUCACGAAGCUUUCAACCUUGCUCGCUACACCCCAAGAGCUACCUACCCAUACUUACAAAAGACACACCUGACAUGAUGGAUGAAAGAGCAGGCUGUACUCUACCUAGCACCGGCGUGGUGUAUUGUUCAUGAUUAUGAAUGGAAGGAAUGUACUUGAAUGGCACCGUCUCGUGGAGAUUUCAACGAGUGUCGAUAUGUAUAUUAGUGUACUAUUUAGACUAUGGCGAGACAUGAAAAUGGUGGCAUGAUCUCGAGGAGACGAGGCAUCAACAAACUCACGGAUGGGAAAUGGACUGGAUAAGCAUAAUAAUUUAUCUCUUCUCUUGAUUUCGUUGCCAGGUUUAAUGGCAUUUGUUUUGUUUUAGCCCAUUUUUAUAUAAUUUGUUCC